AGAGGUGGCCUGGUAGUCUAGAUAUCUGCCUCUGGAAAAUAUUAUAUUAAAUAAACAAAGCAAAUUUGUGUUAGAUCAUUUAGGAGUGACCUCUCUCCAAAUUCUUUUGCUCAGUAGGUGUGACUGCACUGUGGAGGCCGCAGCGCUAGGAGACAUCCCAGAGCUCACAGAAACACUUGCGGGGUGCCUCCUGCCUCCCAGGGGCCUUUCUUAAAGUGUAACUACAGAUAAAUUCCUCUUCAUGAGCACUUUUUCUGCCUAAAUUAAAUAGCUUUGAAAUCCACUGACUACUUAACUGUCUCUAAAGAAUAAGAAUAUUUAAGUCUUUGAUUUUAAUCGUCUCUAAAUCUGAGUGUCUGUUUACAAAUCUUCCCUGUUAUGUGACUGAGAAUCUUUCUGACAUCACAGCUGUUUCCUAGCAACCUUGACCCAAGUGGAUUAUGAGCUCCUUCCGUGUUUCGUGGGGUGGAGGGACUAGACUGAGAGGCAGGGAGAUUUAGGUAUUCUCUCCCCCAGAAUAUAUCUUUUGUUACCUUGGGAAGGAAGAGUGCCUACAAGUGAGAAACUGUAUUUAAUAUUGCCUAUCCUGCUAAGCAUUGAUUCUAGAAGACCUCGUGGCCCUUGCCUUCAUGAAUUUUCAUUUCUCUUUAAAAUUCCUUACACAUGAAGAGUGUUUCACACUUUACAAAGUGUUUUCAUGUACAGUUUAUCAUAUGAUGCUCAAAGUGACUUUCCUGAAAUAGGCAAGGAGUUGUUAAUUUACAAAGGAGAAAACAAAUUUAGGAAGAGGAAGUCACUUGCAUCUUAGUCCAGAGUCCUUAAUCCUUUUAAUAGAAGGUUUAGGAGCAUUUAAAGGUGAUGAUAGCUUAAUUCAAAUUAACCCUCUCUUUUUAGAGUAAGUAUUUGGUCAGAUUUAACGGGGAUUUUGGAACGUUUGAAUUCAGAUUCCACAAUUUGGGAAGGGUGAGGAACAGUAUAGCCUCAGUGGGCAUUGAGGUUAUUUGGAAAUUCACUUCAGCUUCUGAAGCCUUUUCAUCUGUCUUCCCAAGAGGUGGAUUUAAAUUCAUUAGAAAGAUGUGAAAAGAGUGAAGACUUUGGGAAGGUGGUCGUUAGCAAACAGAUAGUAAAGCAGCAGUAUUGUGCCUUUUGUCUGCCUGUGGCCUCACCUGUUAAUAAGGACUAGACUUUAAUUGUAAUUUUUUAUCGACAAUGCAUGCAUCAUAUCUUUUGACUUUGAAGGCUAUCUUAUGUCAAAGGAAUUGAGUUAUGACGUGGUGGUGGAUUUAGCUGGAACACCUCAGGUAUUGGCUGCGGGUAGUGAAAUGCCUCUAAGACAUGAAGACUUCGGCCACUGGUUUCAUCCCUGGGAGCCUGGUGUUGGCCUUCUGUCUACCUGUGGUGGUGACUUCACCUAAAACGCUGGCCAUCCCUGAGAAACUGCAGGAAGCUGUGGGCAAAGUUACUGUCAACGCCACGACCUGUACUGUCACCUGUGGCCUUGGCUUUAAGGAAGAGACUGUCUGUGAGGUGGGCCCCGAUGGAGUGAGAAGGAAGUGUAAGUCUCAGCGCCUGGAAUGUCUGACCAACUGGCUCUGUGGAAUGCUCCAUUUCACCCUUCUCAUAGGGAAGGAAUUUAAGCUGAGCUGUCUGAGUCCAGACAUCCUGGAGAUCGGGCAGGAAGCUUUCCGAUUCACCUGGAGACUUGCUCGGGGAAUCAUCUCAACUGAUGAUGAAGUCUUCAAACCCUUCCGAGCCAGUUCCUACUUUAUAAAGUUUCAGUCCAUUCAAGAGUAUGACUCUGGGACCUACCGGUGUGACGUGCAGCUGUUAAAAAACUUGAGACUUGUCAAGAGGCUCUAUUUUGGGCUGAGGGUCCUUUCUCCUAAUUUGGUGAACCUGAAUUUCCAUCAGUCCCUUACUGAGGAUCAGAAGUUAGUGGACGAAGGCCUGGAAGUGAAUCUGGACAACUACUCCAGGCCUCAGCACCCACCGUGGAAAAAGAAGGUGGCCAUAGCUGUGGGAAUAGGAGUUGCCGGUGGCGUGACUGGUGGUGUGCUGGUGAGCAUCGUGCUGUGCGGCAGGCUGAGCGUGAUCCACAGCAGUGCCAGCCUUGAGACCUUACAGGCCUUGCUGCCAAAGGGCGGGAUGCUCAGGAAGCCAGACUAGGUUUUCAGGGGAGUGUUCUGGCUGCCCGCUUGUGAGCUGGCUAAGAGGGAGACUUCCAUUACCAAAGAACUGAGCGGAGCGUGUGGGACAGGCAGCAUGAUGGUAGCUGUGGGCAAGUCUAACUGUGUCCCGGGUGGACCCCUUCCAGCUGUUCCCUGCCCACCAGGUACCCAGGAACCCUGACUGCAGGCAUCUCCCUACUCCUGGGACGAGUUGUGUCUUCCACAUUUGCAUUAAUUUUCUGCACUUUACAGCUUGUAUGCCUCCUACCGUGAUCUCCCUUCUGAGCAGCAUAAUCAUGUAGAAGGAUAUGACAGCUUUUCUAGUGAAAGCAGUUUUUUCCUCUUUAUUAAAAUAAUUCACAAUAACUAUACGGAGACCUAACCUUUUCUGCUCUUUAGUGUAAAAUUUCUUGUCAGUCGUUUAAAUUGUCCGACCAUAAUCAGUGUGGUUUUGGGUUAAACUCACACCAGAGUUUUUAGAACAGACAUUGAACAAACUGCUUUGUUCGCGGCAUAUGCCCAUUUGUGGCAGAGCCGAGGGUGAUGCAGACUCGAGUGUGUAAGAGACAGUCAAUGAAUGUUAGUAAGUCAUUUGCCACCCUUAGACCUCCCAGGCGAAGCCUCCGUGCUUGGGGCUAAAUUGAAUUCCUGGUGAAACACUGGAUUUUUCUGCUGGUAGAUUUCCCCUGAAUGGUUUCUUGGCUUGCUUCCUGAUCCUAUCCUUCUAGCAACUUCAGUGCCCUGAAGCUUAUGUUGCUGGAGAGGUCAGGUUGGUUUCUUAGAGCAGUCAGGGCCCCCUGAGGGAGGGCUAGUACCUCCCUCCCUCAACAGGAAAUCCAGUCUUAAGAGGUCAUUCAGGCUGUGUCUGAGAUAAUGGGCUUGGCUUGUGGAACCCUCAGGGAAAUGGCUCUUGGGCCACCAACUGAGCUGAUUCUGUUUGAGAGAAUUAGCUUUUCUUCCCUUCCCUUUGCUGUCAGUACAGACGAAGUAGCAGAAAUAAGACUGGGACCAGUGGUUAUCUUCUCUGGCCGUAUGUCCGAGUCACCCAGAUAAGGUUUUGAAAAAUAAGAUUCCUGAGUCCCAACCUGAGGAUGCUAACUCAGUUUAAAUUGCGACCAGUGGAUCUCUGUUAUUUCUUCUGUUUUAAAUAAAAACCUCAAGCCCAUAAAAAAGUUGAAAGUUUUGAUGGCACCCAUAGGCCCUUUAACUGGAUUCACUGAUUGCAAAACAUUUUGCUCCAACUCUCUUCCUCUCUAAAUACAUACUGAUUUUACAUAAAACACUUGGAAGUGAGUCACGGAGAGCGACCUUUCACCCUUAGUCAUGUCUCUCAAUCAGGACAUCAUCUGUGUGACCAACAACUCCCUGAUCUUACGUGCAGUUGGUACCUCGCUUCUCCCAACUUACAAACUCCUGGAGCUUUUCAAGCUUGAUCCAGGGUCAAGUGAAGCUUCAUGUAUUACAUUUGAUUAUUUCUCUUAAGUCUUAUUUUACAACAGAUCCCCUACAUUUUUUUCAUGACAUUCAUAUUGAAGAGGUACUGGUCUUGCAUACAUGUCCCACAGUUAAUUCCUCAUGAUUCGAUUCCUGAGGAAUGAAUCCUAAACAUUUCUUACAAGAGCCCAGCAAUAUGGUAUGUACUUAUCGCACGACCUCGGGAGGCCCAGUGUCAGGGUGGCCGCUGUUGGCUGAGCUUGAUCAUUCGGUUAAGGCGGUGACUGCCAGGUCUCUGCAGUGGUGUACCUGUGUAUGUUUUCCUGUUGUAAUCUGUGGGAUGAUGCCUUGUGAUAACCUGGUUUCUAAAAAAACAUUCACAGGUGUUUUGGAAUCCAUAAUCUUUGCCUUAUUACAUGUUAGGGAUUGAAAAAUGAUGGAUUUUUAAAUUCAUUUUUCUAUCUAUUGCACUGCAUUUUUCUCUUAAGCGCUGUUUUUAUUCUUCUGAGAUUUCAGUGGAUUCUCCUUUUUAUUCAGUGAAUUAUAUAUAACCCAUUACUGUUGUCAUAUUUUUGAUGUUCAAAUUAUUCCCUUUUGGCCAGGAGUCCCUUCAGGCCAGCUCUUUUGUCCUUUUGGUGUGUCCCAUUUGACUUUGAGCAUGUCCUUGCAACAGUAGGACGCCUCAGAGGCACUCCAAACCUGAGCCUCCAAGGGGCUCUGGUUCCUUUUAGUGUGGGAAGUAGUGUCGAGAAACCACGGCGCGGGUGCCACAUGCGCUUAUUGCCACUGGAAGGUCACUGCCUCUAGGCCGUUUGUGUGCCCUAUGUACAUAUAAAUCAUGUGUUCAAAAGCAUCUUUGUUUUUCAGAAGUUUUCUCGAUAAUUCUGGUAUAUAGCAAAGGUUGAGAACCACUGGCCUUCACGCAUGCAUAGGGAGUCUUUAACUAUUGCUCUUAUUUUGAAAAGACCUUAAACUUUCCACACACCCUCUCUCCCAUUCUCUACCUCAGAUGGGAUGUUACUCAGAAGACCUGGGCUGGUCCUCUUUCUGUGUAAUGGAGCAAGCUAACUGCCCCUUCGCAGUCCUCAUCCUUGAAGCACAUGACUGUGAGGAUCAGGUGAGAUCCUGUGAGUCGAACUGCUCUAAGCUGGGAGGCUCAGACACGCACAGAGUUGGGGAAUGUCACCAAUGAAGCCCGUCACUUCAGUCCUGGACACUUUGCUGAAGCAUUCAGGAGAGAGCUUGCUCUGCUUUGAAAGAGGACCGUAAAACAUAAAUAUUACAUUGAUGAGGAGGGUUGAGGGGUGCAGUGUGUUCUGAUUUUACAGAUGGAAAGACAGACCUAAGAAGAACUAAAGAACUUCUCCAGCAUUCUAUUGUAAGCCAGUAGUCAAACAUGAGAUGGAGUAUCUUACAGCUCUAGCUUUAGAGCAUUCUGCAUUAGUUUGAAGAUGUGAGGGUACUGAAUUGGGAAGAGAACAAAACCCAAUUAAAUGCAUUAGUGCAGCCUCAAACCCAA